GGAAAUGAACAUUUUGGGGAAGAAUUGGGAAUAACAAUUCGCUUCAGAGUAAUAAAAACUAUUUGUAAAGCCAAAUCAGCUAUAAAUUUAGGCUUGCAAACCAAGUCUAAACGUUAUUUUCAGUCUGUUUCAUCUCGCGAGCAGGUGUUAGAGGUUCGAGAUUCUCCACGGGCCUCAGAGGCCCAUGCCAUUCAUUGGACUCUAAAAAAGGCUAUAUACUGGAGGGGGUUAACCGAAUUAUCUUCGCUUACCUUCCUGGAAGAACAUCAGCACCGUAAGAUAUACAACUAUCAAAAGCAAGUUUUACCUAGUAUGCUUGUACCUGGAUUUUGCGUUGACAGAGUCCAGAAGACCUCCUUCCCACAGACGAACGCGUCCCCGGGCUCCCUGCGCUGCCGGAGCAGGGCGCCGCGCGGGGCGUGGGCGUGGGCAAAUCGAGUUUGCUUCUUGUGAACGCCCAUGCCAUCCCUUGAUGUGGCCCAUGAUAUGUCGCAUCAAGAUGACAGUGGAAUUGUACCAGUCCAUGUCGAGGGCGUGCGGCGACUGCCCGUCCAACAGCAGUGACUGCUUCCAGCGCGGCUGCGUGGCUGCGGACGGCUUCGCCCGCGGGCUGCUCACCGUCGACCGCCAGCUGCCAGGCCCCACCAUUAACGUGUGCGCGGGCGACAUCCUGCUGGUGGACGUGAUGAACCGCGCGCCGGGCCACGAGCUGGCGGUGCACUGGCGCGGCCAGUCGCAGCACGAGUCGCCCAUGAUGGACGGCGUGCCCAUGGUGACGCAGUGCCCCAUCGCCAGCAACACCAUCUUCCAGUACAAGUUCCGCGCCUCCUCCGCCGGCACGCACCUCUACCAGGCCUUCACAGGGUCUCCGGCGGUGGAGUCUGUGUUCGGAGCGCUGGUGGUGCGGCAGCCGGAGGACGUGGACCCGCACGCGGGCCUCUACGACGAGGACCGGCACGUGGUGCUGGUGAGCGAGUGGCGCCACGGCCCGGGCCCCCACGCG